AUGUUCAACGGUCAACCACAACUCACCAUAAAAGCGUUGAAAAACAAAAAGUUUAACAAUUCCUGUCUUAUCAACGAGAAAACAUUCAACACUGGAAGCAUAGCAGAUUGUCUGGAGCACUGUUUAGAAGACUGUCGGUGUCAGUCGUUUCAAAUUUGUGGAGAGACAAAAUGUCAGCUGUGUUCAAGUCACAAGGAAUUAAAGAACAGUUCAUUGCUUCAUGACAAUGAUACCUGCAUCUAUGCUAUGUACGAGAUGCGACAUGCUCAGGUAUGAUAAAGUUUUUAAUUUGCCAUAGGGCAUAUGCUUUUUCAAUUGACGUACCCAUCUCAAAACGUUAGCGUCUUAGAUUCGAUCGCUCUUGUUAAUGUUUGAAAAGAAAAAGCCAUGCAACCCUGUUACUUUAUUAGAAUUCCAUACACGAUAAACUUGGUCCUGUCCAGGCUGCGAGUAUAACACAUAGUUUUGAAUUCUAUAUCCAAUAAUCGUUGUUCUUAAAAUAAUUCUCCAAUCCGGGUUGGCGUUAUCGUUUUUGCAGUCAGUGUAUAGGAAAAACAAAAUCUUCAAAACGCCUACGAAUGCUCAAACAUCAUGAAUUUUUUGGUAUAAACUGAUUUGAACAUGAAGAUGUCAAUUCUGAGGUCCAUUUCUGGCAAAGAUCUGUAGAUAGUGAGACGAAAAAUUGAUAAUCCAUUUGACACCGUUGUGCUUUCCUUUUGUCUUUUCUAUGACGUUUCCAAAACCAAUUUAGCUUGGUGGCAAAAAUGGAAACUUUGAGCAACUGUGAUAAUUUGUAAAAUCAACAAUGGCCGUCAGGAGCGUCUUGAAUAUUUUAGUCAUUAGAAAUGAAAUUUAGCUUGAUCAUUCAACGGCCAGUUUUCAUGCUGCCUAUGCAAAACGAUCCCUACUAAUCACAUGCAGGAAAAAUCCUUGGGGGUAAAGUACAAUGCUUUCAUCUUCUUAGAAAUUCGACAACCACUGUUCAACCAUAUCUUGCCCAAAGAAGUACAAUUGUUGUCAACAACAAUCAGAUCUCUGUCCCUCGAACAAAAUAUGUAAACCAUUCAACUCCCCCAAAAAGCCCUGGAAACGUUUCACCUGCGAAUGCCGGGAUGGUUAUCGUGGGAACAACUGUGACAAGCCAAUCAGAUCAUGUGGCGGGUACCGUUCCCAGAAAUCCGGCAUGUAUAAAGUACGUAGUUCUGUGAACGACCUAUUGUAUGAAGUAUACUGUCAUUUUGAUUCUGAUGGUGCUUGGACUCUGGUGCAGUCUUUCAGUUUUGCAAACCACACAAUUGAAAACAGUGUAUUUAGAAAACCUUUAUCUGAAGACCAUCCUGUCAGUCAAAAUGCUGUAACAUGGAGCGGCUAUCGGCUCAGCCGAACUAGAAUGCAGUUUAUCAAUCAAAAUUCUGAUCUGCUACGGUUUACUUGUGCCUUCGAGGAUGGCCAUGACGUGGAUCAAACGGACUAUCUUCAAAUGUCGCUCGAACAGCUUGGAGAUGAAAAGGAUAUUACGGCUAACAACCCGAAUAUUGUUAUGUCUGCUUAUCGUGGUAAAAUAAAGGAAACAGAUUUAUAUUUAGAAGGAUGCAAGAUUAAGCUUCAUCAGAAAGAUGAUGAAGUACUCCAUGUACACAUCGACAAAAACGGUAAUUCUUGUGAAAGGUUUGGAGACCAAAAACCAGAUAACAGUGAAUGUGUUAAAUUUGAGUAUUUUAGCUACUUCUCUGAUAAAGAUUGUUUGCUGCCAACACAUCGUUGUACUCAGAAUGAAAAGUCGACAUCACAGCUAUGGUUUGGUAAAAAGCCAUCUUAA